AAGUUAGCCUUCCCGCUUGGGCUGCUUGACCUUUGGGUUCCGUGUUUUCGUUGUGACAAACAUGGAUGUGAGUCAGAUAAUCGAUCUUAUUUGUUUGUGCAUCAUAAGAUGCAGCAUCAGCCUCUGGAAACACUGAAGGAAAACAUUUAACUUGAAUCGAUCGCCGGAAGUUAAAAUCUGGCGGUUUGUUUUUCUCGAGUUAAGAACGAUUAAGUCCUCCUUUGCCCACCGAGGGAGUGCUCCUUUUGUCUCCAGCCGCCGUCCUGUUUUUAUCGUGUCAACAUGGACAUGUACGGAUACAGCGGGGUCUUUCUGGUGAAAAGAUUCCUGGACGGUGAUGAUUUUGAAGUCACCAACAUGUCCGACAUCAACAAGGCGAAUCCUCACGGCUGCGAUAACGGAGCUCUGACGGACAGGUUCGGCGUCUUGAUCCAGGGACUCCUGGCUAUCGUUGCCUUCAGUACGCUGAUGUUGAAGAGGUUCCGGGAGCCUGUGGGCAUCCGACGGCCGUGGAGGAUCUGGUUUUUCGACACAUCCAAGCAAGCCAUUGGUGCUCUUUUCAUUCACUUUGCCAACGUCUUCCUGUCCACGCUCACCAAAGAGGACCCAUGCUCCCUGUACCUGAUGAACUUCCUGCUGGACGCCACGUUGGGGAUGCUGGUCAUCUGGCUGGCUGUGAAGCUGGUGUCCAAACUGGUGGAGUACAAGCAGUGGACGCUGCUCAUGUUUGGAGAAUACGGUGACCCUCCCCAGGCAGCAGCGUGGCUGGGGCAGUGCGGCAUCUACCUGCUCAUCAUGGUGCUGGAGAAAGGUGUGAUCAGCCUGGUGCUGCUCGUCCCCGGAUGGUCCAAACUGCAGGAGGUGUUGCUGAGCUACAUCGCUAACCCGCAGCUGGAGCUCGUGCUGGUCAUGCUCAUCGUGCCCUUCAUAGUGAACUCCAUAAUGUUCUGGGUGGUGGACAGCCUGAUGAUGAGGAAGUACAAGUCGAUGAAGAGCCUGGACGACUCGUGUGACGAAUCGGUGAAGAAGGCUGACUCGCUGCCGUGGUCAAACAGCGAGGAGUCGCAGGUCCUGCUGGCCGUCGAGACCGACACGGACGAGGCCUCAGAAGGAGAGGAAGAGCCCGGCGAUGUUGCACCGGUCCCCCAUGUGCAGUAUUCUGGAGGACCACUGAGACCCAGCUGGGUGGUGGUGUGAACCCAGGUGAUGUGACCUCCUACCUGUCCAUCCACGAUCUACACACACACACACACAGAACACUCUUUAAGAGCCUAAAUAUGAGCAAAAGAUAAAUCAAACCUUGUAUCAUUAUUGUUAUUAAAGGUCCAAAUAUCAGCUUUCUUGUAAGCGAAGGUACAAUUUAAAGGUCAUGUGACCAGUGAAUGUGAACACUGCAGCCUGAGCUGCCUUCCUCCGCACCCGACGUGUGAAUACUUACAGCUGACUGUGUGUGUGCGUGUAAAUCAAACAGCAUUUAUGGAUCUCGAAGCUCUUUAUCCUCUCACCUUGCUGCCUCUCAGAACAUCAGAGGAACCACGUCUGAGCGCGUGUGGAGACAGAUUAUUAAGGAGUGCAGCAGCCGCAGGGUGAAAUGCAGGCGGUAAUGACGAAGUCUGAAAUAAAUCUCCACACUGGGGACUUUUGGGAAUGAUGUUGCCCUAAAGAGGCUCAUUUAUCACGUAUCAUAUUCCAAAGAUGAGCGAGUAAGUAAAGUAUAUACGUAAGUGCUCUAAGAUUUUAAUCUGUCAGAUAUAAUCACUUCAAAACCACCUUUUUAAUUAUAGUAAUUCCUCCAUGUUCUGCCUCUGGCUGCUCAUUUUAAGGUUGAAAGGCGGAUUUUGGUCUUGUUUUUAAAAGCCACACACUUGUUGACUUUACUUGGCUGCUGCAGUCAUGACAGACCAAACAUGUUGAAAGCGUGUGGGACGUUUGUAAUUCUUCUUUCCAGGCUGCUUUUUCAAAUAAUGUGUAUGUUGGCAGGAAGUAGUUUCAUGUUGUGGUUUAAAGGACCAGUUCACACUAUGUUUGCUGUCUACGAUGGAGCACUGGGGCCACUGCUGGGAGAUUUUCAGAAUAAUCGCAGUCACGGUCACAAUUUUGAGUAAAAAUCUACAGAUUUUAGGAGGAAAAUUUGGUGAGGAAAACAUUAAUAUAACAAGAGCAAAGUCUUCAGUUUACAAGAUGAAGACUGACGGCACCUUCAUGUCUUUGUGCUAAAUAUGAAGCCACUGACAGCUUCUGAUUAGCUUAGCUUAGAAUGAAGACUGGAAACAGAGGGACAGCUAGCCUGCUUAUAAGUAUUAUAAUUUCACAGAAUGUUAUGUCCUUUAAUACGGUGAAAUUAAAUAUUUUUUAAUAACACUAAUAUGAUAGAAUUCAGAACCACAGCCAAGCAAAUGUUCUGGAAGCCGUACUGAGUCUUUGUGCCAAGCUAAGCUAAUCUCCAAGCUGUGGCUUCAUGUUUAGUGGACAAAUAUGAAAGUGGAAUCAAUCUCUGUUUGUCUUUAUUCUUGUUAGUGUUUUCAUAAGAUUUCAGUUUUGUUUUUGGAACAUUCUGACAAUUCUUUUCUCAAAUUCUAAUGAAUUUACUCUGAAAAUCUCUCGUUUUUCUCCCCCACUACGAAUGUCCCCGGUCCUCCAUGGUCCCCACGCCCUCAGUGGGAUGAUACAGUAGCUGUGUGAUAAACUUAUGGCACAUUUUUUUUUAUUUAUUCUCUUAAUAUUUUAUAUGUAUAUGACUUUAUAUAUUGUGGUCCGGUCUGUGGUAACAGCACUAGAAAAUGGGAGUUUUUAGUGAAUAAAGCAAAUGAAUUUUGAGUCGUCGCCAAACUACAGGAGGUAAAUAAGUGCAUGAUUGAUGUACUUUUCUUUAUAUAUUCUGUUUAUUUCCAUUCUUCUGUUACAGUACAGACUUCGUAAAGGUCUACGGCUUGUCAUACUCCGUCUGUAAGGUUUUAUUUUGUAUUCCAGUGUAUUUGUAUAUUCUUUUUAUAAGCCAUGUGGAUAAAGCGGCACAGCUCGUCCUGAAGUGACGUUAACGGGCUGUGAACUGCCUCGGUGCUUCUUACCGAAUGUAUCUCUUCAAUCUGUGCUGCGAAUAAAGAUGACUGACACACGA